GCCGCUGCGCACGCCCGCGCCGCCGAGUGACGUGCAGUGACCUGUGAAGUGUUUGAAGUGGAGACUCGGGCCGCCGGCGCCGCUGGGCCCCCGAUAGGCCCGAGCGGCGGUAUGGAGUCCCCGCAAAUGUACGACGCGGCCGCCGCGCCGGCGCCGCCGCCGCAACCAGACCUCAAAAAGGCUGUGGAAGAAAAACGAUCAGCUUUCCCGCCGCCAGACCUAGACGAUCUAAAUGGACAGGAGAUCAGCCUGGAUUUGCAACACCUCAUCGAGGAUCAAUUCCGCGGCGAGGAGACCAUGGCGUUGUUCCAGGAGAUAUUGCCUGGGGGACGCUCGCCGCAGCCGCGGCAAAGCUAUGCUCGGACGACGUUGGCGUACAUGCCGCAACCGGUGCAUUCCGGAGCAUCGUACGCGCCGCCCGUGCAGCCAAAUUCGGGACACGAACAGGCUCCCCCGAUUAAAGAGGAGCCGCCGGAGCCGCACGACUUCAGACGAUCCGUCUCAUGUGCUCAGUACACUGGCCAAUACAACCCACAGCCACCCGUAGGGGUCAGUGGGCCCUACGGGGGUGGAUUUACCCCGCUGCCACCGCUAGGGGCACCUUUGCUGCCUCCGCUGCUGAAGCACAAGCCGAUUCCUCCCCGACGUUCCUCUGGGAAAGCGUUGGAUAAAGGCACGGAUGAGUACAGGAGGCGUCGGGAACGCAACAAUAUCGCAGUGCGGAAAUCGCGCGAGAAAGCCAAAGUGCGUUCUAGGGAGGUGGAGGAAAAAGUGAAAACGCUGCUCAGGGAGAAGGAUGCGCUGUUGAAGAGGCUAGAAGCCGUGUCAGGGGAGUUGAGUCUGCACAAACAGAUGUACGUGCAUCUGAUCAACCUGAACCACCCGGAGAUCACGGAGCUGUGUCGGUCGAUGCUGCAGCUGGGCGCGCCACAUGCGCCGGACCACACGCUCUGACCAGAGAUGGCGCCAAACGGAGUGACGGACGGCUCGGUGUGAUAUGUGCAUUAAGUGACGCCAGCUAGUUAGAAAAAUUACUUCUUUGUGAUUUUAACUUUACAUUUUAUAUACACGGAUAGUUUAGUUUUAAGUGAUGAAGAUUAAACAUUGGCGUGGACGGCCUUUGUGCUAAUACAAGCGGUAGCGGGCGCGGUAAGCUU